AUGUUUCUGCCAUGCCGCAUCAAGGCUGACCACAAGGAACUCAUCCACGAUGUGUCUUUCAACUUUCAUGCCACCUGCUCCAGUGACCAGAGCAUCAGAGUCUGGGACAAAACUGAAAGUGGAGAUUGGCAUGGUACUGCUAGUUGGAAGACACAUAGUGGAUCUGUAUGGCAUGUGACAUGGGCUCAUCCUGAAUUUGGACAAGUUUUGGCGUCCUGUUCUAUUGACCGAACAGCAGCUGUUUGGGAAGAAGUAGUAGGAGAAUCAAACGAUAAACUUCGAGGCCAGAGUCACUGGGUGAAGAGAAAAACUCUACUGGACAGUAGAACAUCUGUUACUGAUGUGAAAUUUGCUCCCAAACAUGUGGGUCUGAUGUUAGCAACCUGUUCAGCAGAUGGCAUACUAAGAAUAUAUGAGGCCCCAGAUGUUAUGAAUCUCAGCCAGUGGUCUCUACAGCACGAGAUCUCAUGUAAGCUGAACUGUAGCUGUAUUUCUUGGAACCCUUCCAUCUCUCCUGCGCAUUACCCCAUGAUCGCAGUGGGAAGUAAUGACAGCAGUCGAAAAGCAAUGACCAAGUUUCUGAUUUUUGAGUAUAAUGAAAACACCAAGAAAUACUCAAAAGCAGAAAUUCUUAUGAUAGUCACAGAUCCUGUUCAUGAUAUUGCCAUUGCUCCAAAUUUGGGGAGAACUUUCCACAUCCUGGCAAUAGCCACUAAAUAUGUAAGAAUUUUCACAUUAAAACCUGUGAAUAAAGAACUUACUUCUUCUGGUGGUCCCAGAAAAUUUGAAAUCCAUAUCUUGGCUCAGUUUGAUAAUCAAAACUCUCAGGUCUGGAGGGUGAGUUGGAACAUAACAGGAACAGUGCUAGCAUCCACAGGAGAUGACGGCUACAUGAGGUUGUGGAAAGCUAGUUACAUGGACAAUUGGAAGUGUACUGGUAUUUUGAAUGGUAAAGGAAGCCCAGUAAAUGGGAGUUCUCAGCUGGGAAACUCCAAUCCUUCACUAAGCUCAAAUACUCCAAAUCUUCAAAACUCAUUACAUGGAUCUUCUGCUGGCAAAAAGCACAGCUGAGUACAAGCUA